CGCGCCGGGCCAGAGACAGGCGGCGCCGGGCCCCGGCGCAGGGCGCACGGGCACCAUGAACGAGGCGGACGGGCUGCGGCAGCGCCGGCCCCUGCGGCCGCAGGUCGUCACGGACGACGCCCGGGCCCCGGAGGCCAAGGGCGGAAGCUCCUUCAGCAGCAGAGUGUUCCAAGCCACCUUCCUGAUGCUGGCUUUGUUCCUCACCGUCCCCCUGCUCGGCGCCAUGAUGCUGCUGGACUCUCCCAUUGACCCGCAGCCUCUCAGCUUCAAAGAACCCCCUCUCUUGCUUGGUGUGCUGCAACCAAAUACGAAGUUACGACAGGCGGAAAGGCUGUUUGAGAAUCAGCUUGUUGGGCCAGAGUCCAUAGCACAGAUCGGGGAUGUGAUGUUCACUGGUACAGCAGAUGGCCGAGUCGUAAAACUUGAAAAUGGUGAAGUAGAGACCAUCGCCCGGUUUGGCUCAGGCCCAUGCAAAACCCGAGAUGACGAGCCUGCUUGUGGGAGACCCCUGGGCAUCCGGGUUGGGCCCAACGGGACCCUUUUUGUGGCUGAUGCAUACAAAGGGCUAUUUGAAGUAAAUCCAUGGAACCGUGAAGUAAAACUGCUGGUGUCCUCUGAGACACCCAUUGAGGGGAGGAAAAUGUCCUUUGUGAACGAUCUUGCAGUAACUCGGGAUGGGAGGAAGAUUUAUUUUACGGAUUCUAGCAGCAAAUGGCAAAGACGAGAUUUUCUUUUUCUGUUGAUGGAGGGGACGGAUGAUGGUCGCCUGCUGGAGUACGACACCGAAACCAAGGAGGUGAAGGUUUUGCUGGACCACUUGCGGUUCCCCAACGGCGUGCAACUCUCUCCUGCAGAGGACUUUGUCCUGGUGGCAGAAUUGACCAUGGCGAGGAUCAGGAGGUUCCACGUAUCUGGCCUGAUGAAGGGAGGGGCCGACCUGUUCGUGGAGAAUUUGCCCGGAUUUCCAGACAACAUCCGAGCCAGCAGCUCUGGGGGGUACUGGGUCAGCAUGGCGAGCAUUCGCUCCAAUCCUGGGUUUUCCAUGUUGGAUUUCUUAUCCGAGAGACCAUAUCUUAAAAGAAUGAUUUUUAAGCUGUUGAGCCAGGAGACGGUGCUGAAGUUUGUGCCGCGGUACAGCCUCGUCCUGGAGCUCAGUGACAGCGGGGCCUUCCGGAGGAGCCUGCACGACCCCGACGGGCAGGUGGCCAGCUACGUGAGCGAAGUGCACGAGCACGACGGGCACCUGUACCUGGGCUCCUUCAGAUCCCCCUUCCUCUGCAGACUCCGCCUGCCGUCUGCUUAGGCCCGUCGUCACCCUGCGCGCCGUCCCUGGCCCGGGAGGUGCGUGGACACACCCUUCCCACCUGCGCCUGCCAGUCCGUGGAGGAGUGGGGGCCUCGCAGGGCACCCUCACCCGGGCUUGGUCUUGCAUCUGCUGUGGGGAAGAUGAGUCCACGUAAAGCCAUUUUCUCUUAAAAAACCUUCCCAGUGAUUCUCUAGGACCUGGGGACUUGGUGCACUUUACAGGCCUCAGGUGUGGGAUGGAGCUGGGGGCGAGUCGUCUGGUGUCUCAUGUUUGCUGCUGGCUGUGUCCCGCCAGCCUUGUCUUUGCGUUAAAUGGGUGAUACCUGUCUUUGUGGGAGGGGCUCGGGGAGGGCUAGGAGGGCCUGGAGCAAAUGCGUGUGACGCCUUGGACGGGCUUGGCGGGCGAAGAUGGCACAGCUGUGUUCCCCAGAGUCAGGUGCGGGACCUGAGCCUCUGCCCUGGGUGCCUGUGGCUCCCACCCUCCUGCCCCGCCGGGCCCCUCCCUACCGGGUCCCUGCCAGCGCUCUGAAGGCAGGACCUGGGUGUGUGUGGAGGAAGGGCACGUUGAUCCCAGCGGCUCAGGGGACUCACCGGCUUUGCCGUGGACAGUCUGCUGUGUGGAUCAGAGACCAGGGAUUGAAGUGGGUGCUGGGCACCAGGAGUCCUGUUCACACACCUGAUUCCUCACCCCCAGACCCAGGCGUGAAUAGUGUAUGUGUUGGGGUCAUGUCUGCUCUAGUGUCACAAGCCUGACGCUGCUGUGUAUCCCGAUGGGUCUGUCCACAUGUGGUCCCAAGUGUGAGGUGAUCCACGUGGUGUGAUAAUAAAUGGACUUUUCUGCUGAUUAACCUCUUGAUGGUGUUGCCUGGGAAUUUCUUCUCUGCUUGAGUCUACUUCAGCAGUGAGUGAGGUUCCUCUGUGUGUUGAGAGGGCCGCUCUGCUGGGAUCAUGUUUAGAUUUGCCUGGGGCCUCCCCCACGGCCCGCCUGCCUCCCGCGCGGACUCAGUCCACAUGACACUGCUCUCCUGUUUCCAGCCUGCAAAGUGGGGCUAAUGUCUGCUCCGUCCUUUCCUGGGUGUUUAUGAGAACGCACCAGGGAUUGUGUCUCUGGAAUUGUCUUUGUAACUUGAAAAGACAAUAUUUUGAACAGGACAUGACAUUGAACGUCAAGGAGGGCCAACAGCGUGGUGAGACCUGAACCGUUUGUGUCUUGUACUGGCUCACAGCCCCCUUGCCCUCCCCCCACUUUAGGAGGAGAGUCAGGAUCUGAUGGGGGCUCAUUCCGAGUUGCCUGCUCGGGGCUGGCUUUGCGCUCAGCCGCGUAGAGCUCGCAGACUGGCCGCGUGGCAGUGAUGUGACCCAGGUCCUGUCAGGUGAUGUAACUUCAUAGGAAAUGAUUUUUAAUAGGCAGAAAUCCCCCCGUGUAUUGAGUCUGCAGGAAACCUGACCAUUCUGCUGUGAAAACACACAACCCAAGCUCGCUGACCCUGUAUGUUUCUUCUUGGUUGGGAACUGAGAGCUGUGCUCUCAGUGCAGAGAAGCUGGUAGCUUUUCACAGUUUUCAGCAAAGGUGUCCUUUUUUUUUUUUUUUUUUUUUGACUCAGGUGUUGAUUUUUUGUCUGAAAGUGUUAUUUCCUGUGUUUUAUCUGAUAAUUUGCCACCGUCAGGUGCAAAAUAUAGCCCCAUUAGGCUUAAGCAUAUGACAGGCUUUUGUUGUAAACAUAAGACGGGAUUUGCUUUAAUGUGAAUUACUAACAUGCUCUUAAAAUUUAAUCAAGUGAUUCAUUCACUGUGUGCUUCUUUAUUAUCUGUUACAAAAACUCCAUCAGGACUCAGUUGCUGCCUUUUAUAGGACAGAGGCCCCAUGUUGAGGUUUUUGUCAUCAACAUUUGCUCUGGUGUGUAGAAGAGUUUUCACGUGCAUGGACCUCUUUAUGAUACAAGGAGACGGCCGUGUCUCACGCGGGAACCGAGGCUGGGGAGGGUCCUGCCCAGAG